CCUCGCGAGUGUUCAUAUUGGCGCCAAAAAGCGUGGCAGAUGUCGUAGCCUGUACGUAGUUCGCGUCGGAUGUAGUGAAAUUGGUGUCUAAUAAUAUACUGCAUAAUAAUUUGUCGUUUGCGCUCGUUUAUCUCAGCGUUUAUAUAAAUAUAAAUGUCGGGUUAGAGCAGGAUUACAGUCAAGUAGUACUGAGCCAGCAAGUAGAAUCGUUGCUCGUGCGACCGAACGAACGUUUGAACAGCACGCGUUUGUUUAAAUAAAACAUCUUGCUUAGUGUACCGUCGCGAGCUUAACAAACUAGCAACAAAUUAAACAUACCGAUGGUCGAGCAUGGAUGUUCGCUUAAAAUUCAUACCGAAUUAUUCGCAUAACCAAGUGCUCUGUCGCAAACGAAAACGGCGAAAGGUUUGAUUCGCGUUCUGCCUUGUCGAUACUCCAAACCCUCCAAGUUCCAUAACUAAUUUAUUUAAGUACGGCAAGCAAUCGUUCCUGUUUUAUUAUUUAAUUGCUGUUCCGGUGAUACUAAGUUUAAGUGCAACGAGAAGAAAAGACGUGAUUAUUUUAAGGACUUUGAAGAGAUUAUUUUACGAAAAUGAACGGGUCGACGGUCACUAACGGUAACAACGGUUAUCAAAACACCCAAUACACCACUGUUUUCGAACAUGAUUCGCUGCAGCAGAGAAAGCAAAAAGGCUGGUUCGGGACAAGACACUUCGUCACUUUAAUGCUGUCUCUUGGCAUGGCCAAUGCCUAUGUUAUGAGGACCAACAUGUCCGUAGCUAUUGUAGCUAUGGUGAACCACACAGCUAUUGCCAUUGAUGACGCCGCCGCAACAGACAAUGUAGCUGUGUCUGAAUGCGGCGUAACUAUUGACAAGAAUUCUUCGUUAACAUCACCUGAAGCUGACGGUCAAUUCGUGUGGCAAACCGAUAUACAAGCCUACGUUCUGUCCGCAUUUUUCUACGGAUACGUUUUGACGCAAAUCCCAGCAGGAAUUUUGGGCAAAAAAUAUGGGAAUAUCCGCUUUUUGGGCAUCGGGAUGCUGAUCAACUCGGUGUUUGGUCUGCUCGUGCCCAUUGCGGCCGAAAUGGGCCUCGGAUGGCUGCUAACUGUGAGAUUUAUACAAGGAUUAGGCGAGGGUCCGAUUGUUCCGUGCAGCCACGCUUUACUUGCAAAGUGGAUCCCCCCUAACGAGAGGAGCCGCAUGGGUUCGUUCGUAUACGCAGGAGCGCAAUUGGGUACUGUCAUCUCCCUGCCUCUUAGUGGGCUCCUUUCGGUCUCACAAUGGGGCUGGCCUGCAAUCUUUUACGUUUUUGGAGCUGUUGGCACCGUAUGGUGCAUCACCUUCCUGAUCUUCGUCAAAGAAGAUCCCGAAUCCCAUCUUACCAUGGAUCCGGUUGAAAGAGAAUAUAUCCAGAAGUCUUUGGGCACUAUCGUGGGAAACACUAAGACUCCACCGACUCCAUGGCUGGAUAUAGCAAAGUCCUUACCUUUCUGGGCCAUUCUUUUGGCCCAUAUGGGCUACAAUUACGGCUACGAGACCCUGAUGACCGAACUGCCCACUUAUAUGAAGCAAGUUCUCCACUUCAGUAUUAAAGAU